AUGUGCAUACUAUUCGUACACGUCGAUCCCAGCCCUUGCAAAGGGGGCUACAGGCUGGUGGUCGCCACUAACCGGGAUGAGUACUAUAACAGGCCAUCUGCGAAGGCCCAAAUUGACCCCCAAACGAACAUCAUCGGUGGGAAGGAUAUGCAACCGGGUAAGGAAGGAGGGACUUGGCUAGCUUUCCGGUCGAAGGACCAGGAAAACGGGAAAGACCAGAAACAUUGCGUAGGCGUUCUCUUGAAUCUAACGGGAGUUGUAGUGGAAAACUCCACAGGAAGAGGCACCAUCAUCACCGAUUACUUAACCAGCAGUUUGAGUUAUCCCCAAUACUGCGAGGUUCUCGACAGAACCAACUACGGUGGAUACAAUUUCGUAUCGAUAGAAUUAAGUAAAGAGGAAUCGGUGACUUAUCAACAUAGUAACAUACCCAAGAUAACUUCGAGUUACAUGGGCAAGCACACCAUGGGAUUCGGGAACAGUCCCAUUUUUAAUCCGCUGUACAAAGUCAGAGGGGGUAGGAACAGGUUCGAGGAAAUAAUAGAGAAACAUUUGACGAAAGAGUGUUUAGAGCAAGCUCUUUUGGAACUGUUGAAAGAUGGAAAUACUAAGUAUUUACCGGACGACGAAUUGCAGAGGAGACAACCGCUCGCUUUUGAAAAUCUCUCGUCGAUUUUCAUCGAAAUCGAUCCUCCCGGUUACGGAACGAGGACUCAUACAUUGAUAUUUAUCGAUUACGACUGGAAUUUGAGCUUUAUUGAGUACACGAUGACUGAGCCUAUUAAUAUUAAAAAUCCAGAGUGGACUGAAUCUCGCAUCGAGUUGAAGCUGUGA